AUGGGUGCUGGUGACAGGGUAACCAAAUUGGUGCCGCUUUCUGGUAUGCAGACCAUCUCUGGUGAGCACGGCCUCGAUGGCGCCGGUGUUUACAAUGGCUCCUCCGACCUCCAGCUGGAGCGCAUGAACGUCUACUUCAACGAGGCUAGCGGCAACAAGUAUGUUCCCCGUGCCGUCCUGGUCGACCUCGAGCCCGGUACCAUGGACGCCGUCCGUGCCGGUCCUUUCGGCCAGCUUUUCCGCCCCGACAACUUCGUCUUCGGUCAAUCCGGUGCUGGUAACAACUGGGCCAAGGGCCACUACACUGAGGGUGCCGAGCUUGUCGACCAGGUUGUCGAUGUCGUCCGUCGCGAGGCUGAGGGCUGCGACUGCCUCCAGGGUUUCCAGAUCACCCACUCCCUCGGUGGUGGUACCGGUGCCGGUAUGGGUACUCUCUUGAUCUCCAAGAUCCGUGAGGAGUUCCCCGACCGUAUGAUGGCCACUUUCUCCGUCGUUCCCUCCCCGAAGGUCUCCGACACUGUUGUUGAGCCGUACAACGCCACCCUCUCCGUCCACCAGCUUGUUGAACACUCCGACGAGACCUUCUGUAUCGAUAACGAGGCUCUGUACGACAUCUGCAUGCGUACUCUCAAGCUCUCCAACCCCUCCUACGGUGACCUGAACCACUUGGUCUCCGCCGUCAUGUCCGGUGUGACCACCUGUCUUCGUUUCCCUGGUCAGCUUAACUCCGACCUCCGCAAGCUGGCUGUCAACAUGGUUCCUUUCCCUCGUCUCCACUUCUUCAUGGUCGGCUUCGCUCCUCUGACCAGCCGUGGCGCUCACUCUUUCCGCGCCGUCUCUGUUCCUGAGUUGACCCAGCAGAUGUUCGACCCCAAGAACAUGAUGGCUGCUUCGGACUUCCGCAACGGCCGUUACCUCACCUGCUCCGCCAUCUUCCGUGGACGUGUUUCCAUGAAGGAGGUUGAGGAUCAGAUGCGCAACAUCCAGAGCAAGAACCAGACCUACUUCGUCGAGUGGAUUCCCAACAACAUCCAGACUGCUCUCUGCUCUAUCCCUCCCCGUGGCCUCAAGAUGUCCUCUACCUUCAUCGGUAACUCGACCUCUAUCCAGGAACUCUUCAAGCGUGUGGGUGAUCAGUUCACUGCCAUGUUCCGUCGCAAGGCUUUCUUGCACUGGUACACUGGUGAGGGUAUGGACGAGAUGGAGUUCACUGAGGCUGAGAGCAACAUGAACGAUCUCGUCUCCGAAUACCAGCAGUACCAGGACGCCUCCAUUUCCGAGGGUGAAGAGGAAUAGUAAGUUUCCCGACUGUCGUGCCGGAGAUGUAAUGACUAACUCUGUCACAGCCCCGAGGAGGAGAUCCUUGAUGAGCAGGAGUAAACUUUUGGCCGUCAAGAAUGACGCAAAGCGGGACAUGCGCUCGUUAAUACCCUUGAUAAGCUUACAUUCGCAAAGGACGUUGGCUCGUUGUACCGGCCAUUGUCGGUGAACUAUUUCGUUUGAGCGCCUUUAAUUUCCCCCUUCCUGUUUUUUAAUUACCUAGGCCGAUGGAAGCCUGAACCAAUCCAAAUCAAUAGCACAUAGUUCGAAGCAAUUUAUAGUUUAUUGCUUG